ACAAUGCGACAAGGCUGUGAAAGGCAAGAGCGACGUCUUUUGACCUGAAGCGGCUUUCUCAAGCCAUAUUGCAGAUAACAUGCUGGAUGCUUGUUAAUGUGAUUGUGUCCGCAGUGUUUAUAAAUAAUGGUGCUAACUGACGGAUAAUCAAUCAUGUUUCUCAAAACAUUAAGAAAUAUCAGUACACCUGUAAAGAAUCUCAAUAUUCAAGGAUGCAGUAUCUGCUUCCACAGGAGAUUUUCCAUUAUACCUUCAGGACAGAAGAACCUCCCCCCUCGCUACCUUGGUCAGCCUAGCCCCUUCACACACCCUCAUCUCCUUAAAACAGGCGAGGUCACUCCCGGGCUGUCACAGGUUGAAUAUGCCCUGCGUCGACAUAAACUGCUGAGCCUGAUCCACAAAGGAGCCGAGAGCUUGGGGACUUCUGACCAUGCCAUCAUUCAGCUGUCCCACCCUACUUACUACAUGACGAAUGACAUCCCGUUUCCCUUUCACCAGAACACAAACUUCCUCUACCUCUGCGGCUUUCAGGAGCCAGACAGCAUACUGCUACUCCACAGUAUUCCCGGAAAGAGCCUUCCUUCCCACAAAGCCGUCUUAUUUGUGCCAAGAAGGAACCAAAGCCGAGAGCUCUGGGAUGGCCCACGCUCUGGGGUAGAUGGUGCAGUUUCCCUCACAGGUGUGGAUGAGGCCUACACUACAGAGGAGUUCAGACAUUACAUACAGAAGUUUAAAG